AUGGCAAGUCAGGUGGGGGCCAUCAAUUCGGUCAACGCACUGAUUUCAAAAGUUUUUGUGCAACCAAAAGGAGAUUUGGUGAGUUGGCGAAAAUAAAAUUUUCAAAAACUUCUAGAAAUAAAUUUCAGAGUUUCUGAAAACUCAAAAAAUUUGAAACUUCCUUCUGAAGAAAUAUUUUUUGAAAUAAUUUAAUGUUACAAAUUAUUUCUAGUGACGAAAAAACCCAUUCGCGAAUAUUCUAAUUUUGUUUUGAAAAAUUCUGGACCUGAGAAUUCUCCGAAGGUUUAGAGAAAGUACAAAAUCAACAAUCCAAAGUUUUUAAAAUCAGAGUUUCCCGAAACUUUGUUUUUUCAGGCGGAUCGUCUCAAUUCCCGAAUCACAGUAUGCAUUCUAGCUGUUUCUAGUGGCCUUUUAAUGUCAACUCAUUUUAUCGGAGAUCCAAUAACUUGUUGGACACCGGCACAAUUCACUAAACAAUGGGUUGAUUUUGUCAAUCAAUAUUGUUUUGUUCAUGGCACUUAUUUUGUGCCUUUAAAUGAACAAUUGGCUUUUGAUGAUGAAGAAAGGUACGGUGAUUUUUUUAGUGGGAACUACAGUAAUCUAUGGUACUUGACUUGGAUAUGAGAAGGGUAAAUAAAUAAAUAAAGAAGAUCAGGGGUUUGAAAUAAAAAUACUUGUUACGUGAUUUUUGAAUUUACGUGAAAAAAAUCAUUUCUAAGUUUGUUUUCAAUGAGAAACCAGGUACAUCAAAUUCAGAAUACAAAUCCAAGUUCAAUUUUUUUUGCAGAAAGAAAGUAACAAUUCAAUAUUAUCAAUGGGUUCCAUAUGUUCUUGCACUUCAAGCUUUUCUAUUCUAUAUUCCUCGAUUUGUUUGGAAAUCGCUGAUUGCUCAUAGUGGAUAUGAUUUGGCUGCUGCUGUUCGAUAUGUUGAUGGAUUUUGGACAUCAAUCAAAAAUCAGGAUGCUACGUUUAAAUGUGAGUUUUUGAUGAUAUGUUAGGAGGGAAGGUUUCAAAGUAGUGAGACAAAACAUUGCUCAGAUUUUGGUUUAAAAAGUUAUCCUAACUUUGAGAACUGACAACUAUUCAAUGACGAAUGAACCUCAAAAAAAUCUUCCCUAAAAACGCAAAAAAAAUAAAUGACUUUAAAAUGUGUGCAAACACCAUAUUUAGGUGGCCGAGUAAUGUCGGGAAUUCAGCCAAAGCAACUAAAUUGCCCCAAUGAUAAUGAUUUUUGAAUCAUUUGAGCGCGUUCGUUGUAUUGGCCGAAUACCCGACAUUUCUCGGCCAUAUUGGUUUUAUAUUAUUAUCGAUUUAUUUUUUUUCCGAAAAGUAACUUUUGGAUUACAUUUUGAAUAAUAAAUAUUUUUGAGAAGUUCUUUCCAGUUUCAGUUCCACAACAUAUUAUUUUUUCCAGGCCGACUCGCUGCUUUCGAAGGUCGUCCUUCAGUCUACAUUUGGGAUGGACUUCGCCUUGCUCGAAAAAAGCGAAGCAAAGAUAUGGCUCUAUUUUACACUUUGGCUACCGUCCUUCAAUUUAUCAAUGCUUGGGCACAAUGGUAUAUUUUGAAUUCACUUCUCGAUUCUCCACUUUAUUCAUUCUGGGGACCAUCUUUAUUAACUGAUUUGGCGAAAGGCGAUGAUUGGCAAGUUACUGGACAUUUUCCAAGAGUUGUGCAUUGUGAUUUCAAUCGGAGAAGACCAGCUAGUGUUCAGGUUAGGAAUGGGAACAUGGGGUGGGCAGGGGGGGGGGGGCUAGAAAAAUUUAAAAGAUUUUUGAUCUUUCCAAUUUCGUAAACCCACAUAUUUUUAUAAAUUGUCAUGCGGAAAGAUUAUCUAUGCUUUUCUGAAUUUCCUACUUGGUUUCAAAAAUUUUUGAAAAAAAAUCACCAUCUGAUUUCGAUGAUUUUUUCUAGAAAAAAAAAUGA